AUGACAUCAUGGCAGCCAAAUCAGGAAGAACUAACGCAGGUUCUCCAUCUGCUCCAUCACUCGCAGUCUACAGACACCGUAGUCCAACGCAAUGUUCAGCAGCAACUCGAUAUGCUCAAUGGCCAUCAAUCGUUCUGCUGUUAUCUUGUACAUAUCCUCAGUGGGAUGAAAGAAGAGCAAGAAGCAAGUCGUUCACUAGCUGGAUUGAUAUUAAAGAAUAAUGUACGGUCACAAUGGGCGAAAUAUCCGAAUGAUGUGCGAGAAUUUGUAAAAACAAACACAUUAGCCAGCAUUGCAGAUCCAAGUCCAUUGAUUCGUGCUACUGUUGGAAUUAUUAUUACCACAAUAGUUGUUGAAGAAAAUGGUGUUGGACAUUGGCCUACGCUCUUACCAUAUUUGGGUCACCUCUUAGAUCAGCCGGAUCCAAAUAUGCAGGAGGGUUCGAUGGGUGCUAUCCAGAAGAUUUUCGAAGACUCCGGAGAUCGUCUGGAUACCGAACAACAUGUGCAUCCGCUAAUGCCAAAAAUUUUGUCAUUCUUCAGCUCGGAAAGUGCAAAGAUGAGAGGACUAUCCAUGAAUUCCGUGAACAGCAUUUUGAUGAUCAAUAAUGAUCCGAUAAGUGCGGUGAUUGACGAUUUUCUACAGCAACUAUUUGGCCGUGCGCACGAUCAGGACCCGGAAGUUCAAAAACAGCUGUGCCGGUCAUUGACGCUUUUGCUUGAUAGUCAUUUUGAAAAAUUGGCUCCUCAUCUGCCGAAUGUCAUCGACUAUAUCAUUAUGAAAACUCAGGAUCCUAAUGAGAGCAUUGCGGUAGAAGCUUGUGAGUUCUGGCUAUCUCUUGCUGAAAACUCGGAUGUUUGCAAAGAAUUACUAUCUCCAUUCCUUGGAAAGUUAGUACCAGUUCUUGUUAAAUGUAUGCGAUACUCAGAGAGUGAUAUAAUCGCAUUAAAGGGGAACUGUGACGAAGAGGAUGCUAUGAUUCCCGACCGUGAUGAGGAUAUCAAACCACGUUUUCAUAAGUCGAAAGUUGCCGCAGGACAGGUUAAUGGCGAAGACCCUGAUGACGACGGAAGCGACGAAACUUAUGCAGAAUGGAAUAUCCGACGGUGCUCUGCGGCUUCUUUGGAUGUUCUAGCAUCAAUAUUUAAACAAGAGUUACUCCCGAUAUUACUACCCAUUCUUAAAGAGGCGCUGUGUCAUCCAGAGUGGGAGGUGAAAGAAUCAGGAAUCCUUGCCCUUGGUGCAGUAGCGGAAGGUUGCAUGAAUGGAAUAACUCCUCACCUUCAUGAGCUUAUUCCUUUCCUUCUGAACAUGCUAGAUGACAAGAAACCUCUUGUGCGUUCGAUUACAUGUUGGACCCUUUCACGAUACUGUUCUUGGGUUGUGGAUGAAGCACGGGAGCAAUAUUUCGAGCUCACAUUGAAAGGGUUACUUGUUCGAGUUUUGGAUGGAAAUAAGCGAGUACAGGAGGCUGCAUGCAGUGCCUUCGCUACUGUUGAAGAAGAGGGAGGAGAUUUCAUAGCUCCAUAUCUAUCUGAUAUUUUGCAGACGCUUGUACAGGCAUUUGGUAUAUAUCAGGCGAAAAACCUUCUAAUCUUAUACGAUGCCGUGGGAACUCUCGCAAAUUCGGUGGGAAACGCAUUGAGUCAGCCAAUGUAUGUUCAAGUGCUUAUGCCACCUCUUAUGGAGAAGUGGCAAAGACUUGGCAAUGAUGAUAAGGAACUGUUCCCUCUACUCGAAUGCGUCUCAUCAGUCGCAUCAGCAAUGGGGAUUGCAUUUUUGCCUUACUGUGAGCCUGUUUACACUAGAUGCAUCACGCUUAUAACUCAAUCACUCCAUCAGUCAGUGGAAGCACAACAACGGCCUAAUGAAGUAGAAAUGCCAGACAAGGACUAUCUCAUCGUUGCCUUGGAUUUGUUGUCUGGUCUCGCCGAAAGCUUGGGAGCUCAUAUUGAACCGUUAGUUGGUCGCAACGAAGUGUUGCAGCUAUUGUCCUUAUGUGCAGUGGAUCCCACACCGGAGGUGCGACAAAGCAGCUUUGCCUUGCUUGGAGAUCUCACCAAAGCUUGCUGGCACCAUAUAAAGCCAUAUACUCAAACGUUUAUUCCAAUCUUGGCCAUGAACUUUGAUCCAUCCCAUAUUUCUGUUUGCAACAACGCUAUUUGGGCUUUCGGUGAAAUGUCAUUAAAAAUGGGAGCAGAGAUGAAACAGUAUGUGCUAUCAAUUUUGCCUCACCUCAUACGGGUUAUGAAUCAGAAAGAUGGUCAGCGAACGUUGCUGGAAAAUACCGCUAUCACGAUCGGACGGCUUGGAACGUACUGCGCUGAAGAGGUGGCGCCGCAUUUGGUAACAUUCAUUCGACCGGCCUGCUUCAGCCUUCGCAAUAUCAGAGACAAUGCAGAAAAGGAGAGCGCUUUUCGCGGAAUAUGCUAUAUGAUCAAUUUGAAUCCAUCAGGAGUUGUUAAUGAUUUUGUUUUUCUCUGUGACGCUAUUGCUUCAUGGUCAACACCGAAACCUGAGCUGAAGGAGAUGUUUUCUCGAAUCCUCAACGGUUUCCGUAAUCAAGUAGGGAUCGAGAAUUGGACAGCAUUCACAGCUCAGUUUCCACCACCACUUCGGGAACGCCUUGCUGCCCAAUACAACGUCUGA